UCUUGAUUUUGGACUCUGUCCUGAGUCGUCGUUAUUUGCCGUGGGCAGCUUGUUGUCACCAACUACCUGAAUUGCGCUCGUUAUCGCGAGUAGGAGCAGCCCUUUGGUUUCUCUUCCCAAAGAGGCUAUCGCCGGAGUGAUAUUAACCAGACUGCAUUCAUUGGCCGGGAUUGCCAUCCAUCGACUCACAUCGUUCGUUGGUUCGCCUUUUUAGUGAAAUUGUUGUUUCCUCUCAGACAAGAGAGACGGGAAGAGAGGGAAGCGAGAGGGUAAAGAGGGAAUUAUAUCUACCACUUUCCUGGCGUGCUAUUCGCCCUUACCUUUCCUUUCUCCUCUCUGGGCAAACCAGGCACAUCCUUUAAACAAGAGUUACAAGCGACAUGGAGCGAGGCAGUGUAAAGCCGGGCGAGGUGCCCCCCGGAUAUGAAGAAUAUCCCCUCGACAACCGAGGCCAUCGCCAGUCCGGAUCCUCAUCGCCUGCCCUGUGGAACCCGAGAUACUGGUCCAAGAAAGUAUGGAUUGGCAUUGCUGCCGUUGUCGUCAUUGCCAUUGUCAUUGGCGUGGCUGUUGGCGUCACGCAGGGGAAGAAGAGUUCAUAUCCCGACUACUCACAGUUGACAUAUACCCUCAAGGAUACAUUCCAGGGAGAAACCUUCUUUGACAACUUCAACUACUUUGAGGGCUGGGAUCCUGCCGGGGGAUUCGUUCACUACGUUCCGCAGCCUCGAGCCCAACAGCUGAACCUCACUUUUGCAUCCCAAGAUGCCGCCGUCCUCAGGGUCGACACAUCCGUCGGCCCCGGCAGCAACCCCGACGCCUCCACGGGCCGCUUCUCCGUGCGCGUCGAGUCCAAGAAGACGUACAACGACGGCCUCUUCAUCUUCGACGUCCGCCACACCCCCUACGGCUGCGGCACCUGGCCGGCCCUCUGGCUGACGGACCCGUCCAACUGGCCCGACAACGGCGAGAUCGACGUCAUGGAGGCCACCAACAAGGCCGACGACGGGAACCAGAUGACGCUCCACACCUCCAAGGGCUGCUCCAUGGGCGUCAAGCGCAAGCAGACGGACAAGGCGCUGCAGAAGGACUGCGACUCGUCCAAGAACGGUAACGCCGGCUGCGGCGUCCAGGGCCCAGACAGCACCUUUGGCACGUCGUUCAAUGCCAACGGCGGCGGCGUCAUGGCCAUGGAGUGGCGGGACGCGGGCAUUCGCGUGUGGCAGUUUGCGCGCAGCGCGAUUCCCGCCGACAUUACCGGCCAGAAGCCCGAUCCGAGCACCUGGGGAGAGGCGGCGGCGGAUUUCCCGAGCACGGAUUGUAACGUCGGGAGUCACUUUAGGAACAACUCGAUUAUCCUGAACAUUGACCUCUGCGGCGACUUGGUGUAUGGCGUGUGGGAUAGCUCUGGCUGUUCCAGCAACUGCACCGAUAUAGUUGCAAACAACCCCCAGUCCUUUGUCGAUGCUUACUGGGAAGUGGGCAAGUUCCAGGUUUACCAGGCCGCGUGAGGGGGUGCGAGGAAGCUGGGCGCAGCUUUAAUGAGGGUAAGGU